CACCUGAAUAAAGGCUAGACGAACAGCUCACGUUAUGUGGCGUUUGCGAACCGAUGGUGAAGUCAAACCUACUGUUCAUCACGGAUUUCUCCAUGGGCCGAUUCCCACAAUAGAGCCGGAGGCCCUGUUGCGAACCCGAACGGAGGCUUCACGUUAUAUUUAUCAACGUCGCCAGGCCCAGUUCCCUAAAGGUUACUGGUAGAUGGGGCCUGACGCUAGAAUCUGAGGCUGAGUGCCGAUGAGGCUGUGGCUAUGAUGCUAAGGGCAAGCCACAAAGCCCUAGGUCCCGACGGGUAGCUUUGAAGCUGGUAAGUUUGCACAACCCUGGCAACGUUACUUUGAGAAAGUUUUUGCUAGCCUUUUGCGCACCCCUGCCAAUGAGAGUUGCCGACCGUCACCGGUUCUCUUUUUCAUUUUCUAAGGAUACUGCAAGGGAAAGAAAGAAAGGGUGUGAUCAAUACGAAUCAGCAAACUGAUAUCGAAUUGAUGUCCGAAUGGAGAUGGAACAGACGGCCGCACCUUGUAAAAGGGAAGGGCAAAGAGAGGUUACAAAGAGAGGGCUAUUGGCUAUUGGCUAUUGGGCUAUUGGUAAUGGCCACUUGCCCACUGAGUCACAAUCACUCAGCAAUUGGUCGUGUUCUUGAUUUGCAUGGAUGAUGACAAGAACCGAUGCAUCUCCAGACUGCGUCACUCAAUCACCCGAUUAAACAUACAUACCUAGGUCACCCAUGGAGAUCUGUUUGGGGGAUCCAUAAUCCAAAUUUGGAUUCGGAGAGCACGAGAUUCGGAGGUUAAACCACGAUGAAGUCAUCAGACGCUGGAGGCCGUUGAAACAUUCCAGCUAUUUCGGUUGCUUCUACCAGCAAUCCGGGGACCUGCCAGCCUGCUCUGAGGCUCAGCUCAGAUGGACGGGCUCCAUACUCGUAGCCCGGCAACCCCGGCGCUGGGCAUAGGGCAGGUGGCGGACCGCUAGCUUGGGCAACAGAGCGCCAUUUUCCAAGAAUAGCCCUUGUCAAUUCGUGGUGGCAGCCUUACACAUCUGAUUGACCCGACGUUACGUCCGCCAUCGUCAACUGGAUGUUUAAGCUUUCCCACGAGAUCGAAUCGUUACAUACUGACAUAGCCACACAUGCGCUUAGGUUUCUGGUUAUGCCACUCCGUUCUGGACCCUCCGGCCGCUGUACUGUAUAUACGAAAUUCUCCAACCGGGGUGCAUUGCCAGCCAAGUCUUUGGAUUGCUCUUGACGGUCAGGUCAAGACAGAAUUUGAAAUGGUAAGCUUGGUGAGCCCAACUGCCAUCACCGUGGGUCCUGUAUGCAGAGAUUUGCUCUAGACUUUGCUAGGUGCAGUAGCUGUGGACAUGGCAUGGCCCGCUGCUGGUUGACGACGAUAACGAGAGCCAAGGAAGUAACAUGGCUCUUUUGGGUCUGUCUUCCUCUUUGGGACAUGGGGGGAGUGCCGUGAAUGGUGGUUUACAGCUGUCAGCAAUACGGAGAUCCAGGGUCUUGGCACCAGACAACCCACACCUCGUAUCCAUAUCGCCAUUUUCAACAGCCACUUCGCCAUGGGCUUAUCAUCAGCCCUGCUCCAAGAGCUAGUCUCGUCAUUGGCUUGGAAUAGAAUCGAGUUGACGAAGACUUUAGUCGGCUCCGCUCUAUCUCGCUUACCUACCCAACAAAUUAGGCCACCAGGUCGACGAGAUAUAAGAAAUGCUCUGCCUCGCCUUCAGCCCCUUCUCUCAUCAUAUACACCAUCGUCCUUCGUUCAAAGAUUAGCUCUGUCGAUCUAGGAUCUAGAUACCUUGACAAAGUACAUUCGUUUAAACAACCACAACCACUAAACACCAACCACUAUCAUGAGGUCUUCGGGAAUCAUCGUCGCUGCUGCUGCGGCUGUCGCCAGCGCUCACUACGAGAACCCUUCUGUUGGCUUCACCACUGUCUACACCCACCCAGCCAACGUCACCAAGCCUACUGAGUACACUACCAGCACGGUCUACAGCACCAAGACCUAUACCAUCACCCAGUGCCCCCCUACUGUUGUCGACUGCCCCGUGGGCCAUGUCACUACCGAGACCAUCGCCGUUUCCACAACUGUCUGCCCUGUCACUGAGGUCCCUACUGAGCCCAGCAAGCCUCAUGAGCCUGUCUACCCCAACCCUACUGAGCCCAAGCCUCAUGAGCCUGUAUCUACUCACCCGGGCCAGGAUGUUAUCACCAAGACUCAGACAUACGCCUACCCUCAUCCUACCAACCCUGGCCAGAGCGUGACCAAGACCAUCACUUACACCGUUCCCAAGGACCAUGGCCACAACGCUACUGCUGUCAACCCUCCUCCUCAUACCUAUCACCCUGUUCCUACUGGUGGUGCUCCCGUCUACCAUAAUGGAACCACACCCGGUUAUCCCGGUACCCAUGGUGGAAAGACUCCUCAGGGUGAAGAGAGCGGCAACGAUGAUGGCACUGACAGCGGAUCCCAUGGUGGCAGCAGCAGCGGCAGCGGCAGCAAGGGAGGCAACGGUGGCUCUGAAUCCGAGGACCACGAGCCCUCGACUUCCUCUGAUGUUCCCGAGACUGUCCAAACUGCUGGAGCUCACAUGAACGCCGUCACUGGCCUGCUCGCUAUCGUUGGCUUCGCCGCCGCCUAUCUGAUCUAAGAUGGGCACUAACCACAACACCUUUUUGUCUACAAACUUCUUACGAUCCUUACAUGAUGCAUGAAAGCAUAGCAUUUGGGCAUGAUUUGAUUUUGUUUGCGAAAGCGAACGGCGUUUACACACUGGGGUUAUUUCCGCUAUGGAUACCAAUGGAUUGGGCCUAGCGAUGACGGGAUUGGGGAUGCAUUAUAUGAGAUCCGAAAGCACAUGCACACGACUUAUAUAUACUAAUUUCUACAUUUAAUACUAGCGACCAUUCAUUUAGACUAGACUUUGAUUCACAUUAUACCUAAAAGGGUGCUUUAUUUUUAUUUUUUAUUUUUUUUAUAUUAAAUAUAUACGGUUGCUUAGACACAUAUACUAUUCCACUUCCAUUGAUCUUGAUUUGCUGCACUAAAGCAAAACUCAUCUGAAACAUAAAAUCAUUACUGGGUCUGAGGAUAUGGAAUACUGUCUCGUAUUUUAGGUCCGACGUCCAAGCAUUCGGUAAACAUGAAACCUAAAGCGCCAACGACUCAGUGCUAUGCUUUGCUGCAGAACGUAUUGAAAACCCAGGCCUGUGGCACGUCUUGUUCGUUUUCACAGUCACUCAUGUAACUCAAAUAAAGCGCAUAUCGAAACAUAACCUCCCCCACCUCCUCUUUGCGUAUCCUUCUCCCCACUCCGAUCUGCCAGUUAUCUAUAUCCAUCUUGACCCCAUUUGCACCCAUUUCCACAGCCCAUGACUGUCCACGCAAGCCAGCCCACAGCGCCAUUAGGAAUGAUUCGUCAAUGUGUAGGUUCUGCGGCACGCCGCAUCUUGGUGACCAGAUCGACGGUCGCCGACGGCGUCGUUCUGGGUCUCGCGCGAUCGUCAUAAGAGUGUCUUGAGCAACGACCGGAUCAAGAAAUGAUACAAGUACUUCAAAGGUUCUCUUUGCAAGUAUGGUGUUGAAGAACCGGGACACCAGACGGACUUGCUUAAGAGCCGGGGCUUGGAGGUUGUCAAGGAUCUGAAUAACGAUUUCUGUGGGGAGCGUUUCCAUUGUAACGGGCCGCAGGGGAGCCAUCGUAAAGGGUUCAGUACUGUGUCGUCAAGUAUGCGGAGUGAGUGAAGACGAGGAUAAUGAAAAACCGAAGUGGUAGCCUUCACGAUAAUGAAUGGCUAUGCCCUGCUCUAUGUACCUCCCUAUUUGCGAAUGAUCUUCCGACCUGAUGUCUUGCCUG